UUUUUCCAAGCCCACCCCCAAUCAGCGCCUUCUGCAAACCCUUCUCCCUCUCUGGCUCUCCCGCUCCCGCUCUCGCUCUCGCUCGAUAGCGGUUCGCCCUCGCUCUCGCUCGCCGCCUCGCCCUCGCCCUCGCUCUCGCCUCUCGGUCGGUAGCUGGGGAGGUCGCAUCUGUGGCUACUGGCUCUGGCUCUCUAACUCUUGCUCUCGCUGGGUGACUGGGUCGCUCGCCUUUCUGCAUUGCCAUUGGGACACUUUGGUUCAUUCUUUUGAGGCAGGCAGUGGCCACUGGCCAGUGGGCAUCCCUUCAUACUCUAGAGACUAAGAGACUAGAGAGAAACCAGUUGUUGUACUUUCUACCAAAAGGAAAAACUUUCUUGGACACUUUUUUCUGAGAGUGAUGGGUGGAAAGCGAAGGAACCAUGGUGAAGACAUUGUUUCAAGUGGAGAAGAUGAUAAUAUUAAGAGUGGUAAAAACAAUGGGGUUGAUAGUAGUAAAAAGAAAAAGAAAAUAGAGGAUGAAAGGGGAAGGGAGUUGCUUCCAUCAAUGAUAAAGAACAAGGAGAAGAGGUCGGCUGUCCAUGCAAAGCUCAAGCAUCAGAAGAAGCUAGAGAAGCGUAAGAGGGCCAAGGCUCGUGAUGCUGCUGAGAAAAAAGCCCUAGAGCUUGGCGAGGAGCCUCCACCAAGGAAAAUUCCACGAACAAUUGAGAACACUAGGGAGUUUGACGAGACUGUUUGCAAGCCUGAUGAUGAAGAGCUCUUUGCUGCUAAUGAUGUGGAUGAAUUCAGUGCAAUUUUGAAGUGUGAAUGGACUCCAAAGAUAUUAAUUACUACUUCCCGGUUCAACUCAACAAGAGGACCUGCUUUUAUUUCGGAGUUACUCUCGGUGAUCCCAAAUGCUCAUUACUACAAAAGAGGAACAUAUGACCUGAAAAAGAUUGUGGAAUAUGCAAGGAUCAAAGAUUUCACAUCUAUGAUAGUUGUCCAUACUAACCGCAGGGAACCCGAUGCUCUCCUAAUUAUUGGUUUACCAGAUGGUCCUACUGCCCAUUUCAAGCUUUCAAGACUUGUAUUGCGCAAAGAUAUUAAGAAUCAUGGAAACCCAACUAGUCACCAGCCUGAGCUGGUACUGACGAAUUUUACUACGCGUCUGGGUCAUCGCAUUGGGAGGCUAUUUCAGUCUCUUUUCCCUCAAGAUCCAAAUUUUUGCGGGCGGCGAGUGGUGACAUUCCAUAAUCAAAGGGAUUUUAUAUUCUUUCGCCAUCAUCGGUAUAUUUUUGAAAGCAAGGAAUCUAAACAGGGUGACUCAAAAGGUAAAAAUGGCAAGGACAUGAAGAAUGAAAAUGGCUCUCAAGAGAAAAUGGUUGCUCGCCUUCAGGAAUGUGGUCCUCGUUUCACACUGAAGUUGAUUAGUCUGCAGCAUGGAACGUUUGAUACGAAAAAUGGGGAAUAUGAGUGGGUUCAUAAGCCCGAGAUGGACACAAGCCGCAGGAGGUUUUUCUUGUAAUGGCUUUGCUACCUCGCUGACGAUCUUGCCAGUCUUAUGCAAAGAAGUGAUAAGAAGGGGUGAAGAAUGGCCAAAACUUGGGAUUGUGGCGCCUUGAAACAUGAAGCAAAGCUGACAGUAUGUGUUUGGAGGGUGCUGAUGAUUACCUUUUAUGUGAAAAACAUAAAGCAUUGUGCUUUGAAAAUUUUUGACAUCUGAAAAUUUACCAAAUGGCUGAAUUGUAGGCCUUCUCUCCUCCUCUCAAUUCGGAAGAGAACUCCAUUGCCAAAAUAGCUGGCUUUUGGGAAGCUUGUUUGCACUGGGGGUAGUAAUAGGUGACUAAUGGUGGAUUCCAUGAGUUAUAUGAGGUUAGAUAUAUGUUUGGCUGGGAGAGCCGAUCUAUUCUUUCAUAUACUGGAAGCCUUUAGCUAUCUUAGAAAGGAGUGCUUUGAGGGCUCAAUGCCCGGAAAGCCAAUCUUGGUUUUGUUUUGUUUGUAUUUUUGCGUGUGUAAUUUAAUGAAAUUAUUUUUUGUUAUUUUAUGUUUUGAUUGUUAUUAGAAUGGCUAAAAAUAUCAAUCUCA